AUGUCCUUUCGCAAGCGAAACAUCGGCUUGUCAGUUGGCGUGGAUCGCGCUGCUGUUCCCAAUGCUCCCGCACAGCCAGCUCCGGAGUCCAACCCAGGAAUUCGCCCCUCCCCCGACGAUGGACGACCGACUACUUCUACAGGAACGCCGUCGCUAGACAAUUUACUGGCGGGUCAUGCAGGCCUGCCUAUGGGCAAGACUUUAUUGAUAGAGGAGAAUGGAACCACCGAUUUUGCAGGUGCAUUGCUGCGAUACUAUGCAGCGGAGGGCGUCGUCCAGGAACAAAAGGUCCAUGUUGUUGGAGUCCCCGAGCAAUGGGGUCGCAGUCUGCCUGGAUUGAUCGGCACGGCCGAGUCGCUGAAUGAUAAGAGAUCGGACAAGCGCAAGGAUGAGAAGAUGAAGAUUGCCUGGCGAUAUGAGCGACUAGGCGAGUUUGGCGCGGGCAUUGCAGGAUCGCGUGAUGCCCCUGCUGCUGCUUCACCUGGAGAACAAGAUGGGAAGCAGCAAGUCGCCUUCUGCCACGCCUUCGAUCUCACUAAACGUCUCGCCCAUCCGUCCAUCACUAACAUGACGUUCACUCCUCUGAUGCCCUCGAGGGGCUCGCCCUUCACAGCCGUUUUAAACCGACUUCAGACCGCCAUUGAAUCUGACAGCCCGAGUGUCGUUCACCGAAUUGUUAUUCCAUCUCUGCUCAAUCCCACCAUGUAUCCGCCCGACGCAUGCCAGCCCGAAUAUGUGCUGCAAUUCCUUCACGGUUUGAAGGCAGUGAUGAGCGCUUACACCUCUCGAGUCACCGCAAUGAUCACCCUCCCAUUAUCCUUAUUCCCCCGUUCAUCCGGUCUAGUCCGCUGGAUGGAGCUGCUCAGCGACGGCGUCAUUGAACUUUGUCCGUUCCCUCAUUCCUCCGAUAACCUGGCAACUUCGGGAGCGGCGACAUCAUCAGAAGAACCACCGCAGGGCAUGCUCAAGACCCAUCGCCUUCCAGUAUUGCACGAACGAGGCGGUGGAAGCGAUCGGAAUGUGGGAUUGGAUUGGGCGUUCAUCUUGAGUCGGCGGCGUUUCGAGAUCAAGCCGUUCAGCUUGCCACCGGACGAGGGCGACAAGGAGGCACAGGAAGCAUCGGCCCCCGGAGGGAUGCCUAAAAAGUCGGAUCUGGAAUUCUGA